AUGACGGUCCUCCCUGCAGAGCACGAAACCCAUGCGCCCAGAAUUCAGCAGGCAGAUUUACUUGGUCCUGUGAUACAGCAAGUAGAUUUGAGUGAUGGACAUGUGAGUAACUCUUCCUCUACUGAAGUACCCAGUGACGGUGCUGUGCCCUCAGCGCGCAGCGAAUCUCACCGGAAGCACAAUAGAGCGCCACGCGCCCUAACUUGGCUGCUUCCUGCCUAUGUACUAGGCCUUUUUAUUGUUGUAUCUCUGUGUAGCCGCAUUGGUCAGAAUGUGACGGGAAGUGGUUUGACGGGGCGAAGACUUGCGAGUAUGGGUGGCCCCGCAGGGGUUGAACUUGAUGCGGACCAGCUGGCGGAGCUUUGCGUUGAAAUGGGGGAAUGGAGGCCUGAGGAACCCUAUUAUGGAACGGGCCGAGCAUCGCCUGCAAUUGUGGAUAUGUUUUUCGAGUCGCUAAAUGUGCUGCCUCAAGACAGUCCUUCCAUAUCUGGAAUGAACCCCUCUGCGGGCCUCUCGCGAGGCCCCCCGGAAUUGGCGGGCGGCCAGAGUGUUUACGGACAAGGGCUAGUGUUCCCAUUGCAGAAUAUGAAUGAAUGGGGAGCUCCAGUUGGGCAGCAGUAUCCACUCAGUACUCCCGGUGUGGGCACAAGUUCAAUGGUUCCGCAAGUAGCAGUUCAUGACCUUCAGAGUCAAUGUGUUCAAGUACCGGUGCAGUAUUCCGCAUAUUCGAUAGCUCCUGCACUAAGCUCACAGGCAUACCUGCAGCCAGAAGGCCAACAGCAGACAGUCAUAUAUUAUUCAGGAGGAUACGGUCAAAGCCAGCAAGCAGCAGUGCAGGCAGUAGGGCCGCAGGAAUUACACCAACAGGGGUUGUUAUGUUUCUCCAAUGUUGCGCCCUCCAAGCCACCUCCAGUUCCUACACAGUCUAGGCCAGUAGCCCGUGGGAACAUCCAAUCUCUUAUAGAUUCGUUAUCCAACAACCCCUCCGCAUGGAUUCCAGGAAAUAAUCAAGAACAAGGUGUGGAAGAGCAAGAAGCGAGUCCUACACGGAGCAUUUCCCCGAGUUUCGACGAAGACCUAAGUUCCCUUUCAUCUGCGGACAGUGAAGCAGGCUGCAGCAGAGCUGCACGCGGAAGGGAUUCACUUGCUGGCUCUGGGGAAAGGGGGCUCACUAGCCGAAGAGACUCUGAGAAUGCUGAUGGUGAUCUGCGGGAGAUGCCUCAAAGGGGUUCUUCGCUUUUCUUCGAGCACCUUUUAGCUGUGAGGAACAUUCUUCUUAAAGAACAGAUCUCGAAUCGAGAUGCUAAGGAGCUUGUCACGUGUGCAGCGGCCUUGAUAAAUCAUGCACGUGUCAGGCUGACGCGGACACUUGACUAUCAGAAGCCGUCUAGAGCCCUAGAGAGUUUAGGCCGCCGCUUUUUAGUGUUUGAUGCGUUAUACGCAAUAUCCAGAGGCCUGGGCUCAAACAGGCACUGGCAAAAGUGGUGCUCGCAGCUUGCAGCCGUGGUGCCAACAGAUUAUGAAUACAACGCGUCAGCAGUUUUGUCUUUCAAGGCCAUCAAGUACCUCGAAUUAGCCAGACAAAUAGCUACUGCACUCAAGAAGUACAAGGUGGGGGAGGCGCCUUCAGCCGAGGAAGUAGCCACGAUCAAGAAUGCGCUUCUCGGAGCAGACGAAUCUCCUGUUUACUUCCGUGCUGCAAAGUGGAAAGUCUUGUGUUCAUAUUCCAAGUCAUAG